AUGGAAUCUCUUUGAACUCUGCGAAUACACUCGGCAGAAACUAGCGCUUCAAAAUUUGCUUUCUUCAUCAUGUAUUGACAACCAGACGACUGAGUCCAAAUGAAGCACCUACAGAAUGUAAAAAUUAUGAUUAAAGUCAUGGUUGUUGUUUUGCACUGUGGAGGUUCCUCAGCUGACACGAGAAGGAAGCUCAGUGUCUUGGUGGGUGCAGAUGUGACUCUCAGCUGCCGGUUUGAUAAACUGUCCAAGCGUGUGGAGUGGAGCACUCUCACCAUUGAGUGGAACAUGGUGGAUAAACUUGCAGAGAAGAGGAUUGUGUACCUUUUCGAAGAUGGCAGAGCACAUGUGAACAGAUAUGGCACCGUGGUGGAUAGAAUGCGGCUGCUGGAAAGGGAUGCAUCUCUGCAGCUUCGUAAUGUGACUGUGGGGGAUGAAGGGCUGUACAACUGCAGAAUCAUCACACCUCUGGUCUACACAGAGGCCACCUCACUGGAAGUGCUGGCUCGGCCUUCAGUGUUGCUCCCACAAAAGGCAGCAGUGACAGAGGGGGAGGAGAAGACGAUACAGUGUGACAUCACACGUUUUUAUCCAGAGAAACUUGCAGUGACAUGGCUCCUCCAAAACGCCUCCCAUACUGUCCACACAGGUGCAAGCCACCUCUACCGUGUCUGCACAGAAAUGGCUAUACGCAAUCCAGAUGGCACCUACAGUAUUCACAGUGGCAUCACACUGCACUCCUCCACAGUGAAGGACGGAGAGUUACGCAUCAUCUGCCAGGUGGAACACCAGACCUUCAGCCGGCCAUAUAACACAUCUGUUACACUGACUGUUCAGGCUCCAUCACAGCCCCCGUACAGUGCAGCCACCCUGAUAGCUGUCAGCAGUGUCAUCAGCCUGCUGAUGGUUUCCUCUGUCAUCGGAGGUGCUUUGCUUCUCUACAGAUAUUUCUGUAAAGCUCCACCAAGUGUUUCUGAAAUCAGCCAACCCAGCAUCAUAUAUGCUCAGGUGCAGACUGAGCUGAAAUGCACCAUCCGAGGAGCAAGACAGCGUGAGCUCAAAGUGAAAUGGUUUAAACUAAGAAGCAGUGCAGACUCAGAGGUCCAGUCAGAAUCUGCCUCUCUGUUGGUCAGUGAGGAUCUGAGUGAACAGGCGUGUCUCCAGUCAGACGGCAGACACCACACAUCUGUCCUGACUGUGUGUCUGACUGUCACUGAAGACCUGACCAGAUACCAGUGUGUGGUGCUGUGCAGGGGCAAGCGCUUCAGCAGAAAGACAACAGUCCGGGUUAAAGUGGAGCCGUCUUUCCUCCAGAUCUCCAGCAUCCCUCAGAUCCCUAAAGUGGAGAGGCUGCUGGUUCUCUGCUGUCGGGUGGAGAACUUCCAUCCCCAGGACAUUGAGCUGGAGUGGUUCAGGAAUGACGGGGAGCCGGUUGGCCAAUUCACACAUUUUGGACCUUUCUCCGACCACAACCAUCUCUACAGUGUGUGGAGUAAGAUCCAGCUGGUCAUGGCCAGAGAGGACGAGAGUGCAAUCUACACUUGCCGUGUCUACCACUCCAGCUUUGCUGCUCCGGGUUAUAAAGACGUCCUGUACCACAUCAACACUCAAGGAACUCCUCCUAAUGUGAUGUUCAUCGACUGUGAGCCGCUGUGUCCUCUGCUGAAUGAAGAGUGUACACUGCACCUGUGCAUCAAAGACUUCUGUCCCGAGGACGUGUCAGUGACUUGGACUAAAGAUGGAGAGAUGGUUCACUCCGGCAUCUUCAACACUCCUCCAAGCCUGAACAUCAACGGCCUCUACUCCAUGUUCAGCUUUCUCAAGCUCACUCCCAACAAGGACAACCACGGUGGUGAGUUCAGGUGCCGGGUGGUCCACAGUGCCCAGAGGGAGCCUGAGGAGAGGCUCUUCACCCUGCUGGCAUCCCACGGCCUGCCGCUGAUAGACGGCUGCUGAUGUCCCCUUCAUGUAAAUGGUUGUAUUCCAUGUACAGUAGUCUGAUUUGUGAAAGUUAGGGUGUAGAUCAGUAGAGGUUCUCAUGAGUUUCUCACUUCUGCCUGCUGCUCUGCUAACAAUGCACUCGACAAGGUUAUUAUACUUACACUGUAACAAAAUGCUGUGUAUUUACGGUGAAUUUACAACAGUAUACUACUGUAUUUUAUAAUAAUUGUAAAAUACUGUUAAAUAUUCGUCCCUCACAUGUAAAUUAACAUUUAAAUUGGUCAAUUUACAAUAAAAGUAGAUAACUAUAAAUUAAAAGCGUUAAACACUAUUUGUAAUGAAUUGCUGUAAAAUAACACACACCAUUAUCCUACGAUCAUAUACUGUAAGCCAAAAUACGGUAAUAUAAUGUUAAAUUAA